CAAGGAGCGCGCAGCUCGAUUUCGAUGACGCUGUGGUGCCGAUGGCGUCGAUUGCGGCGGCCGUAGCGGAGGAGAAUGCCGUCCUUGCUGCUUCUGGUUCAGGGAAGCGCAGGGCGGAUUCGACUCUCGCUGACAAUGAGGUCGGGCUUGAGGACUCUCAGGAGCUCAGGUCCGCCUCCCCCGCUGCAGACACCGACAAUGACUCCGACGCCGACGUCGAUACCGAUUCCGACAGCGACACCAUCUCCGGCUCCGGCUCCGGCUCCGAUUCCGACGGUGCCGCUGCCGCUGCUGCCCCCGCACCCGCACCAGCACCCGCCGCCAGACGCUCGACCUCCUGGUCCGAACACGAGAAGAACUGCCUGAUCGCAGUGAUGUUCGCGCACGCCGACGCGGUCAAAGCGGGCCGUCAUCCCGCGGUCUAUGAUACCGCGCUCUGGGCUGUCGUCCGGAGGCGGUUGAUGGCCGAGUACGGGAUCGAUCGGGUACCGCAGGCGUGCCGGAUGAUGUGGAAUCGUGGGCUUCGGGAGCUGACGGGGCUGGAUGAGAGGUUGAGACGGGAUCCGAAUAGGAUGGCGACGAGUUUGCAGAAGAAGGCUGGGCAGUGAUGGGGGGUGGUGGUGGUGGGGUUGAUGGGUUGCUGAGUCUGGAUUUGUUUUUUGUUGUUUUGUGAUUUUUUGUGGUUUUGUGGUGGUGGUGUUUCUGUGGUUUGGUGCUUGGUCCUUCGUGCUUGGCGCUUGGUUUUCCUGUUUUUGUGGAUGGUGGCCGUUCUUGCGUUUUGUCUCGUGGUUUUUUUCUUUUGUUUUUUGCUUUUAUGACAAGUGCUGUCUUUGCAUCUGCGAGUGAUUUUUUUAUGCGAUAAUUGUAUCCAGACUCAGCUUGUUUUGCGCUUUCGUUUUUAUGAAUUGAAAUUAUAUCCCUGAUUUGAUUUCCACAAAAUGACCCUGGAUUGCUCGGAAUAUUCGUAUUUCAUCAAAUAAAAAUGUUGCGGCUGAUUUUCACAAGGCCUUUAACGAGACAACUGGCCGGGAGUUUGAGGUGCUUUCGCCCCGUCCGAAUCACUUCAUCGCCUGGGAUAGUCCCUCGCACUCCCCCGAGGCGAUCUUUAGGCUUCACCAGGAACUCCUCGACUGGCAGAUCCCACAAUGCCACCGAGUUAGAUAAAAAGGAUUUCCGCGCUAAGAGUGGAUACCCAUGCUCGUAUAUCAACUCGAAUUGCUCAUACCCCUGCUCUUAUUGGGGGUUCGUCAUCAUCCGCACUACAUAUACGCCAGAGUCCGAUCUCCAAUGGCCCGUCGCGAUGGCAAAAUUAUCCGACUGGCUAAGGUUGGAGAUGAAGGAGAAGUCCGAUGCUUCCGCCGAGGAUCAAGAGCACGUCGUUGGAAAAUUUAGGAACCUGAUAGCGGAGGAAAAGGCCAAGUAUGACGGGAUGCCGAUGAACGAUGCGGUUUUGCGCUUCGAGGAUAUUCUCAAGGAGCAAAUUGAUAUCGCAAUGAAGUACAGCACACAAGAGCAUUUUGAGAAAACAUGGCUCUGUCGGAUUCCUGAGCUUGUCGAGCAAUCUCUCGUUGAGUCUGAUCCCGAGGUCAAACGAGAUCUCCUCGAAGCAUCGUACUGGCAUCUCAAUCAGUACAUAUGUCUUGUGAUAGAUGAUGAGGUGUUGAAAGAUCUCGUGGAGUUCCCUUGUUUCCUCCCUCAAUUCGAUUUGGCUGAGGCGCUGAAAGAGAUUAGGGAGCACCCCGAUGGUCCUCCGCCUGAUGCUAAUCAGGCGCAUCUCAAAGUUGCCAUGCGCCAUACAGAUUUCGAGUUGGUGUGUUGGAGGGAGGGUUUUAGUGCUGACGACCCGAACUGGUACACUCAAUGGGGUAACUGGGCUAACUGGGCAGUGAGGAAUGGCUUGGGGGAGAUGCAUUGGUCUAUUCGAAGUUCUGUCUUGCAUGAAGGCGGCAUAGAAUUGGAGCUACUAGACGGGAAGCCAUAUGUCGAAAUUUGGGGGCAGGAAUAAUACCUAUCUGCUUUGUGUACUGCGCUUGCUUUUUUUUAUAUCCAGGUUCAGAUGAAUUGCACUGGUUUUAAUUUUACGAGUAACUACACUUCUCGGCACCGGCCGAGGAAUCUCUAAUGACGAGACAUGAAGAUUUUCCUAUGGAAAAUGGCACGAGGGAAGGGGAAAAUAUUUCGUUCUAGCAGCUGCGAGUCAUUCGCGCCUUGUCCUUUGUGCUGUUAUAGAGAAACGCUACGUUUCACGAACUUGGGAUUCAGGCAGAGGGACUACAUGUCGAUACGGGUUUGCACGCAUGCAGAUGAUAUCAAUGCAGAUGAUGAGCGGGAAGAAUAGUAUAUAAAGAGUGUGCAUGGUGCAGUUGGCAUCGCCGAACGCAAGUCAAGCCUCUAUGGUACGUCGUUGACCCGUCGGCGUUACACUAUAGAAGCUUCAAUUUCAUUUCUAAAUACGCC